UCCCAGCCCAGUCCCUGCUCUUGGAGCCUGUGAUUGGAGGGAAACCCCGUGGAUCUGUGUGAGACAGGCAGCCAGAAAGAAUCAGCUGUGUAGCCGGACCAAGAAUACCGUUCCAAACUCAGAAGUCAUGGAUAAGAGCGAUUUGGUCCAGAAGGCCAAACUGGCCGAACAAGCAGAGCGCUAUGAUGAUAUGGCUGCUUCCAUGAAGGCUGUGACGGAGAUCAACGAGGAGCUCUCCAACGAGGAGCGCAAUCUUCUGUCAGUUGCGUACAAGAAUGUUGUGGGUGCUCGUCGCUCCUCCUGGAGGGUGGUAUCCAGCAUCGAGCAGAAGACGGAGGGCCCCGACAAGAAGCAGAUGGCACAAGAGUAUCGGGAAAAUAUCGAGAAGGAGCUUAAGGAGAUCUGCAAUGAUGUUCUGGAUCUGCUGGACAAAUUCCUUAUACCCAGUGCCACCCCUCCUGAGAGCAAAGUGUUCUACCUGAAAAUGAAGGGUGAUUACUACCGCUACCUGGCUGAAGUUGCUGUGGGAGAUGACAAAACCGCCAUCAUCUCAAAAUCUCAGGAUGCCUACCAGUCAGCGUUUGACAUCAGCAAGAGCAACAUGCAGCCAACUCACCCCAUCCGUCUGGGCUUGGCCCUCAACUUCUCUGUCUUCUUCUAUGAGAUCCUGAACUCGCCCGAGCAGGCCUGCAAACUGGCCAAGACGGCUUUUGAUGAGGCUAUUGCAGAGCUCGAUUCACUGAACGAAGAUUCAUAUAAGGACAGCACACUGAUCAUGCAGCUGCUGAGAGACAAUUUGACACUGUGGACCUCAGAUAAUCAAGGAGACGGUGAAGACACAGAGGAAGGCAGAGAAAACUGAGAUUGCUCAUCAAACUUUCCUGUCUGCUUAUUGAGGCAAAAAAAAUAAUGAAACACUGAGACCAUCGUGGUUCCAGCUUCUUUCUCUUUAACUUCUCACCAGCCUCUGUCACUUGUGUGAGUGUGCGUGCCUGUGCGUGUGUGCGUCUGUGCGUGUGUGCGUGUGUGUGUGAGAGUGUGAGAGUGUGAGAGUGUGAGAGUGUGAGAGAGAGAAUGCAUCUGAGUAUGGAAGUGUUGGUGUGUGAGUGUGGUUCAUGAUAUGGGAUGACAAGCAAGGGUGUUUGGGGGGGGGGGGGGGGGGGGGGGGGCUAGUGUCUGUUGACCUUGUAGUUUUUGUGAGGCACAAUAACAAUGAUUUGGGAGUCCGGGAGUCAUACAGGGGCAAAUUUUAGCUAGGCGUUAUACAUGUGCAUUAAACAUAUGUGAGACAGUGAUUGUUGUUUGACAUGUCUGUGGUUCACCAGAAAACAAACAUGAAACGAUACAAAACCUGUAGGACUGGGAGAGUGUGAAUGAUUUUAGUUGAGCAGGGAAUGGGUUACACAUAUAUCCAUGAGAAACGCUUUUCCUCUUUCCAGAAGAAUAAUGCUAAAUAAAACCAAAACAAAGUCUGACAUCAUGGUUUCCAUUGAGAGGGCUGGCGAGAGACAUUCCAUUCGUAGUGCCAUCUGCUCAAGAUCAUUUCCUUACCUGGACUGACAUACUGCGGUUCUUCACCUGUCUGAAAUAAUUAGAUAUAGAAAACCUGCAAUUAGCUGCAAGGAUUUACCAUAGCUCAGUUCUGUAACUCGGAUAAGGUCUCUUGAGCAGUUUGGUAAUAUUUUUCCCAUUAGCUUCUAUUUCCUCUUAGGGUAUCUAUUUUGUCUUUUGAUUUGGGUUUUUUUUUUUUUGCUUUAUCUUUCUUUUUUUUUUCUCUUCCUUUGAUAUAUGCCUAUUGUUCUGAGUUUGUAAUGGUGGGAAUGGAGGGAUCCAUCUGGGCGGGUUAGGUUUCAUGUCCUUUGAAUUUUCAAACUGAAUACCCAAACAUAAUUGGUAAUGUCAGGGGAGGGGGUUGAAAUGUAAUUUCAUGUAUGUGAAAUAAAAGAAAAAUCUUAAAUCA